ACUAAACUUUUAGUUGCUGCUAUCUGUUGGUUGACAUAAGCCGUUGUUAAGUCAAUUGGAACUAGUAAGCUUUUUGUUUCUUCGGGUAUACGACAUUUUAUUUAGUGAAAAUGUGAUGUGCGAAAAUUAAGAAUUUUAAAAUUAGUAUGUAUGUACACAUAUGAUGAUCCAUAUAUGAAAUUUGAAAAAAUAAUGGUGUCGUGUGUGAAUUAUGUGUGUCUCGAGUAUUCAACUUAUGUGAAAAUGACAACAAGUUUAAGCAUCAAAUAUACAAACCGAAAAUAUAUAAGACUAAAAAAAAAUUAUGAAAGUAAUACUACCGGUUGUGAACGAAAAUGGUCGAUUGAAUACUUAAAGACACACAUAAGUAUGUAAAUACAUGUGGUUGUAUGUAGUAUACAUGUACACUAUUUUGCAUAUCGCAACAAAUUAAUUAAAAAAUGUGUACAAUUCAGAUUUGUUCAGUUACUGUUAAAAAAGAAUUUUACGUUUAUACAUGGUUGAUAUAUAAAGAGUGUUUUAAUGAAAAUGUACUAAAUCAAACUCCAUACAAAUACAUAUGUACAUAUGUAUAUAUGUAUGCAUAAAAAACACAGCCUGCAUAUCGAAAUAAAACACGGAUUAGGACUCAACAAAAACAUAUCAAAGCAAUAUUUAUCCAAAUGUAAAUAAAGAUCGUUAUUACGCAAGCAACAAAAGAAAAUUUACUAUACGGAUAUUGUUGAUAAGAAAUCAUAAUUCAUUAAAUUACAAAGGAUAUUCUACAUUCAAAUAGAAAACUACAAACAUAUCAAAACCGAAAUCGAGGUGAUAAAUAAAAAAAUGUUUAAAAAAAUCGUUACGAUAUAAAAUAAAAUACAAAAUUAUUAUUUGUCUUCGCCUUCACUUUAUGUUAAACCGAACAAUGAAUUGAAUACAAAGCAUUUGCUUUAUGACUAAGAGAUAUAGCUUUCCACUGCUUGUGGUUUUACUUAUUCAGUCCAGGCAUACAAAUUUUAAAUGACGUAGGCUAAAGUGACAAGCAAAUGCUAUCAAAGGACUCAUCUUAGUUUGCAGUCCGUUACAUUCAAUUUAUUUUUCUGUUUUCUGAGCGAAAGUUUUGAGUGAUAUCGUAUGACUGUGAAAACAGUCAGAACAACAUAACAAUCAAAUUAAAUAAUGCUUUUACAAUAAAUACAAUAAAUGUUCCGAAAACAUUUUAUGUCCCUCCAUGCUAUUUCGAAAGGACAAGGAACUAUGGCGUUAUGCGUCAAAAAACCUGUCAAGAGAUUUCGAUGGGAUGAGCAAUCAGCAACAACAGCCGCCUCCCCAUCAACAUCAACACCCCCUUCAAGAGGGUGUUCAAUACCAGAACUCGCAGCAAUGCCAGAAUUCAUUCUGUCAUACUAUGAUUACAUCAAAUACGCUAACAUCCAAUCUCGAAUUUUUUGGUUCGUUUACGGAAGUAAGCUACGAACAGAAACCGAACGAUUCCGAAAGUGGGUGUACUUGUGGAAGCGAUUGCGCCGCUUUCACCGUCGUGACAAACAAAGAGGGACAAGCUCAAAAUCAGAAACACCUCAAGCGCUCAUUGCAUUACUUACCGAGAUUGCCUCAAUGUUCCCUUCAAUCGAACCUGAAGAACCCUACUAUAUCGAUAACAAAUGUAACAACGGCUGCUUCAAAUACAACGGGAACAUUUGCGGCGACAGUAAAUAUGUUGCGAAAUUGUUGUGGCGUCAGCGGUCUGUUAACAGAAUAUCCCUCAAUCAAUUCGAUUUCAACGGUUUCCCAUCAAAACGAAAAAUCAGAUGUAGGCCAACAAGCAGUAGAUGGAAAACAAUUACAAAAGUCCCAACAGAUCUUUCGAAAGCUUAUGAAAAUGCUGAAUCGGCAACAACAAGGGGAAUUACUGGAUUCAGUCAGAUGUCGCAAAGAAAUGUCUGCUCCACACGAUUCCCAAUGUAUUUUAUUAAAACGAUCCUUAAUUUACAAAGAAGAGCCACAUGUGAUUUGCUGCCGGUUAUUCCUCUGGCCAAAUUUGAGAGAUGCAACAGAGCUGAAACGUUUGCCAAUCUGCACAACCGACCGACAUUCUAUUUAUAUUUGCUGCAAUCCUUUGCAUUGGUGUCGGGUCCUCGAAACAGAUAUUGCUCCUCCGCCUUACCAGGAAAUGGAGAAAUCGAAAUUCGAAGAUCAAAACUCUUGGUGCCAAGUAGCAUACUGGGAGUUAAAUAAACGCGUUGGUAAUCGAUGUUCUGUACAUAAACCAUUUGUGAACAUUUAUGCAGAUGGAAGGGGAAAUAAUAACAACAGUCAGGAUUUUUGUUUAAGAGAUUUAACUGCAGAUAAGACUACACCAUCUCGAGAGGAUGUUGAAUGUACUCGUCAAAAAAUUGGUUUUGGUCUUAUAUUAAGUCAAGAGCCAGAUGGAAUCUGGCUUUACAACCGCUCUAUGGCACCAGUUUUCAUUUUAUCGCCAACUUUGAAUGAAAGCUUAUCAUGCGUUUAUAAAGUGACACCAGGUGAUUGCCUUAAAGCUUUUGAUGUUAAAAGGGCUCAAUCGCUGAUUUGUUCUUCACAAUUUCCUGGUGCGGAACUAGGUCCAAUAAAUACGCGAAGUAUUUGCAUUAGUUUCGUUAAAGGCUGGGGUAAACACUACAAACGGCAAAAUAUUAUGAAAUGUCCUUGCUGGCUUGAAAUAUCUUUUACACAGCGGUGACAUCCUAUUUCUACUAUAUUUGAAAUCAAAAAUUGCAGAAAUUUCAAAUUCAUCUUAAAAAAGUACGAACCUUUUAUUAAAACAAAACUGGAAUAUCGUUACACACAGCGACUAUAUCAUAGCAUAAUAUAGUCAAUUUAUUUGCUGUUGCCAUUUUCGCCAAUCUGGCGACUACGUACUGAACAUGCGUAUGCUAUAAAAUUAAAUGGAGAACAUUGUCAUAUACUUAUACACAAAAAUUAAGGAAAGCCACGAAAAAAUUAAGAUAGGGAAGUCCUGUGAUUAAAACACUUACGAUAGUUAGAAAUUAUUAUUAUUUGAAUAUGUUUUACAUUUUAGUAAACUGUAUCUGAAAUGAAAGUAACAUAACUUAUCGAAAAUAAUACGAGCGUUGAUCGCUUUUAGUGCCUAAUUAAAAUUGAUACAGAAUAGUCUUAAGCAAGAAUAGUGUCCGAAAUUGUACAUAUGUAUGAAUACUUACAUAUUUACUAUUUAUAUCCUAUAUUUAUAGCACAUAUAUACAACAAUACAAACAUAUGUAUUAAAUAUAUAUAUGUAUAUGCAUAUGCUUGUUUUAUUCAGCUUAAAUAGUAAAGGAGGACAAAUGUAGAAAAAAAAAUUUUGACUCAAUACGAGAUAUAAAGAUAAAAUCCAAGACUUAAUUGUUUGUAUUUAAAAAAAAUAGAAAAAUCACAUACCUGCUUACUUUAUUUAGCUUAUGCAUUAUUUUGUAUGCGCAUAUUGCACAUAUAUUUAUAUAUUAUUAAUAGAUACAUCCAGAACCAUAUGUAUACAUGCAUAAUACAGUAAGUAAACUUUUCUCACAGAGAUCAAAAAUUAUAAUUUUGGUAUCUAUGUAUGUAUAUUAAAAUAAAAAAACCCUUAUGGAAAGA